AUGCUUCUCAUGAUCGCCAAGGACCCUAUGAGCCAGACUAGGUUUUUUAUUUUCUGUUACCAGUUAUUCAUGAUGCAUGUGUUGGGAGUAGGGCCCGUGGACAACAUGCUCCGUCACAAUGGGCACAAGGAUGGGACACUGUACCCUGAUGGCAGAGCUGCCAAUCUAUGGUCUGGGGGCAGUUGCAGCGUGGCCAGUGCUCAUUUUCCUAUCGAAGAACAGGGAAGGAGAUCCAAUCAUGGCCAUGGACUUAUAAUAUUCAACAGCAGGCAGAAAAUUGACUGGCUACGGGAGUUGCUGAAGGGCACGACGGAAGAAGGUCGUAUGAAGCUUCGUGCAUGGCGGGACAGAGUCAUUCUUGCUGUGGAAAGCAUGCAGACAACGUGCGUGGCCUCAGUGCCCCUGGUGCUGGCCCGAUCACCGAUGGAUAUUGAGUUUGACUUGCAAUCGCCAGGGUACUCGGAGAAACAACGUGCAGCAGACAAAUUUGAUGGCAAGGCCGAACUAGAUGUGCGGGAACCCGGGAAGAGGAGGCUGUAUAUUGCUACCUGCCCCAAGUUGGGAAGAAUUGGCGAGGCGGAGACGAACGCUACAAAUGAUGUGAAUAAUAUAGGCCGUUUGAGAAGGGAUUGCCGGCAGACAGGAGCGGUGUUGUCGAUGUGCCCACAGUACUUGAGGUCACCGCAAGAGAGCGUUGGUUGCUGUCACGGUGCGUGCCUACGAAAGCAAGCCCUUUGGUCUGCGUUGAAAGAAAGCAGAGUUGCGGCGGAGAAAGACGAGAGGUCUUACAUAGCUGAUUUUGCUGCAGAUUCCGCCCGAAUUGUGGAGCAAGCAGGAAUUCACGCUCAUACUGCGUCAUGUUACAAGUAUGAAAGCGGACGUGAGCAGGAUGGCAAGCCAGAACAUUGCCGCUUUGGGUACGUCCAUUUUGUGACUUUGUGGUGUUGGGCCAUUGUUUUGUGCCGUGGCAAGCAGGUGAAAGCAGCCGUGCAGCGAGUGUUUGCAAGAUUUGGCAAGGAGCCAGUACUUCCCAAAGGGUACAUGCCUACACCUUUCGAAAAAGAACAUGGCAUUGCGGCAACGUUGGACAUGUUUGCCCCACACCAUCCGGGACUGGGAAGUCAGAUCAAUGCCAAAGAAAGCUUGGAUCGACCUGGCCGCAUUCAGACGGUGCGUGUGCAUCCAAGAGAGACAUCCACCUUGGUGAGCGGAAUUGUCUCCCAUAGGGGCAACUUGGACUAUCAGGACUUGCGGACUGUCCUGGACGAUGCCGAUGAUGACAACGUUCCGUUGCCGCCCGAAAUCAAGGUGCAUCGCCAAGGCCCGUUGCAGCCCUGCCGUUCGUUGCUAGUGAACGGAGGUGUCACAAUGCCCCAAGCCUAUACUGUCCGUUUCCUCGGGAGCUGCUUGCAAAAAGAAGAGGUGAAGGCCUUGAUGGUUGCUACCCGUACUUUCUAUUGGAUGUUGGAACCUAGAGCUGGAGUGGCUGAAAUGCCACGGGUGGGCGACCGGCAGCGUGAUGCAAGCUGGAAGAUUUUUUCCAGAGCUGUGGUUGACGGCAUUGUUUCGGCAAUGCGAAGUGCAGUGCAGAUUAGCUUCUACAUUUGUGACUACUCCACUAAACCUAAUGUGACAUCGGGCCGCGUUUUGCAGUACAUGCACAAAGGAAUGCAACGGUUGGAGGCAGAACUGCAGGAGAAAGAGUGCGUGCAGAAAGUGUUGGAGCUCGAGGCUGCUGGUUUCUUGGAUGAUCCUGGCCGAUUGCCUUCCGGUGUGCAAACUUUGGAAGGUAAGAAUUUGUCUGAGGCCGAAAAAAGGCAAGAGAAGGUGAGACGCAUUCUGAUCCGCUUGUGGAGCGCUGCAAACUAUUCUUAUUUGAAAGGCGCUUCGUUGCAGCUAGUGCAUCUACUAACGCGACAUGAAGCUUUGCGAAGAGAAGAAACCAAAACCAUGGAAGUAGGAGAGACAGAGGAAGACGUGGCCCUAACCCUGAUCGAAGUGGAGCAAGCGGAUGGGAAGUAUAGUGUCCAAGUGAGCAACGAUGCAUUUGUCGACGAUUGGUACCACCGUGGCCCAGACCUUGCUUGGAUGAGCCAUUAUCUCUACGCGAUGUAUGUCAGGGUUGUGCCGAAAUCUGAUGGCCUGCGCUUUCAAUGGAGCUUUGCCUUUGUGCACCAUUACAAGAAAUAUGCUGGCUUCGUACAGGUGCUCGAACCAUCUCCACGAGUUCCUUACAUGGUUGGCUUCACCAUGCCCACGAGAAGCGCGGAUCCUGCCACGAAUGCUUUGUAUCAUCUGUGCUUGAUGAAGCCGAGCAGAGUGUGCAAAGGGUGUUGCGAAGAUGUGGCUUGGCUAGCAGGUCAUGUGUUGUCAUCUGUGGCUGGGUCACAGCAAGGCAUACUCUUUGGAUACACAAAGCCUGCCGGGCAAGCUCAGCCUUCCAGGGGCGAGCGACGUUUCACAGAAGCGUGGAAAGCUUGGGAGGCAUUGCAACUGACCCGAGCAGAGCGUGCUUGGGCAAAGUUGAAACUGGAGCGUCGUGUGGGCGUUCUGGAUGAUGUGGCGCCAUUCCGAGAAUGGUAUGUGCCUGGUUGCAACAGAAAGACCAUUGUGCAGUCAUCAUGGCUUUUGCCUUGGUUGCGAGGCGGUUUUCGGCAUUGCUAUAAAGGUCCCUGGGGACAAAAGAGGAGGACGCGAUCCGACAUCAAUCCGAUAUACAGCAAGGCGCAAUUUGUCAAGCUGCAUCCCACAAGUGUGGGGGUACUGCCAGCAUUGCCACAUGUGGUCGCAGUUUGCAUUCUUCGUUUUGCUGGGAAUGUGAAAGGUGAAGGGAAUGAAGAUGUGGUUAUAGCAGACACACUUGAUGCCCAGGACAAGGCUGCGUCAAGUUGCAGAACAGAUGCCCAGAAGACGGUGGUCAGAACAGGCACCGGGGUUCAUGUGAACCAAUUGUUUCCCGAAGAGUUUGGUGCCAGCAUCACAGCAGAGGUGUCAUGGAAUAUGGAUUUGCUUGCUGAAGCUCGCAAAAGACCACGCCCAAAUGCAGUCGCUGUCAGCAACGAAGACGAAGAUGAUGAUGCGGGUGGAGCUGUCGUGGGAAAACUGUUGGCCGCUGAAGGAGAAACCCCGGGCGGAGAAGCAGGAGAUGAUUAUGAUGUUGUAGUGGAGCAGCCAUAUUCCGAGGAAAAAGGCUUACAGUAUAAACCGCACCUGGAAAUACAAGAUUGCGAUGUCCUUGAGAUUGCUCACAGACUAGAUGGCUGGAGAGACGGGCGAGGUCAAAAAGACAAUGUCUUGAAGUUUUUCCAGAACUUUCGCGAUUUUUACGCUGAAGAGUUAAAGGCAGCAUGCCCUUGCGAGAUGAGGAUGCAAAAACAGUUCUGUGGUACAGAUGGCAUGAGUUUGGCAGACUGGAUUUCACAGCGAAAUCAAAUGCUCCGAGCACAGAAAGAGUUGAAGAAUAACCGUGAGAAGACAGGCCCAGGCGGUGGAGAAUCUGAAUCGGAAGAUGAUAUACAGAGUCGUGUGAUUACCAGUGAAACAGAUGUGCCGAAAAUUCAUGUAGUAUUCACUUUCGAAAAUGCCAUUGAAUCGCCAGCUGAGAUGGCACGCCGGUUGGCGUGUCAAAGUGGGGCAGCUUGGGACAGACAGCAAUAUGAAAUGAUCAUUUGUUGCGUGUGGCCUUUGCACCGGGUCUGGGAAUAUGCUCUCACAGAGCGUCGUCUGAAGGAGUGGAAUUCUGUGGAAGGCCGCUUACAACUCAUCCAGGAUGCGCAGGUUCCACCUGUCCGUGUAUUCGCACAUGGAGCUGGCGGGUCAGGGAAAACUUAUUGCUUGACUAAAGUUGUCAUGGCCGUUUUUCAGUGGUUUAUGCCAGGGCAAUGUCGUAAGCAAGCUUCCACCAACAGUGCUGCUCGCCUGAUCGCAGGCGACACCAUGCAUGCUUGUGCAGGGUUACUGAAAAGUGCAAAGUUUACAGCAGAGGAACCGUCCCGGAAGGUUCAGAACAAGUUGAAAACGACUUGGGGGACUGCUGUCUUUGUUUACAAUGAUGAGGUGGGUGCUGCCGCCCCUGGACUGUAUGGAACUUUGUCGUCUCGUGCAUACUGGGGAAAACGGGCUGCGGGGCAAAUUGAAGAUGUGGGGCCGAAACAAGCACCUUUUGGAAAUCCUUUGCUACAUGUUGACGCAGGUGACUUUGCCCAGCUCCGGCCAGUGCCGAAAGGGAGCCCUAGCCUCAUGGAAGCAUUUCUAAUGUCUCGCAAAGAAUAUGCGAAUGAAGGCCGCGUGCGGCCAUUGACCGACAUGGAGAUGUUAGGCCUGAAAACUUUUGAUUUGGUUGCGGAGACCUGCGUAGAGUUUAAAGGGACCUACCGAUUCAAGGAAAACGAUCCCUUGAUCCGUCUGCUGCAGAUUAUGCGCACUGUCGGCGGCGCAGAAGUACCAGAGACAUUGAGGCAACAAAUCUUGAGUCGUAUUCAAUUGGGUGGCAAAGAUCCACGAGCAAAGCUAUUCUAUAGAUUCCCUAAAUCGGUGCUUGGAUCGGAUGUUUUUUCAGACAAUAACUUUUGCAACGGGAUGCACAGUGCGGUGAACUGGGAGCAGGUUUCGCGGAUGCAGCAAGUGUGGGCUGCCCGCAACGCCCGUGCUAGUCGGGGUCCGCAAGCUUUGCAAAAUAGCCGUGCAGGAGAACCACAGUAUUAUUGGGAAACCUUUUGCCCGUAUUUGAGUCGCGCGCAUUGGAGAAUGGCGCCGGUGUUCGAAAAAUGUCUGGGAAGGCUAUCGGCAUCUCGUGGCCAACUUCUGUUCUUAUCACAACGUGUUGACAGAGCACAAGCACAGCAACAUGCUCAUGACAAGGCUUUGCUACGCAGCGCUCUACGGCAUGUGAACAUGACUGAUACAGGGAAGCUAGCAGGGCUUUGCCCUUUAUAUCUUGGAAUGCCAGUGAAAGUAACUCACAAACUCUGUCCGCCAGAAGUGGUUCAGGAGGCAACAGGAGAAAUAUUACAGAUUGGCUUCCACGAAGAAGAACGGUAUGGUUUACCUCGUCAGUUGCACAGGCCUGGAGGUAUGCCACACAAAGGGCAUCCAUGUUGGAGUAGGGGUUGGGUAAAGCUCGACAUGGUUCCACGUUGGGUCGAGAUUCGGCUUCAUGGCUGCACUGCUGAUUUUACGGGUACUGGCCGACCAGGCGUGUACUUGGUGAAGCCUACCAAUGCUGACUGGGAUUUGCAAUACCAAGCAACUGCCAUAGUCAACCAUCCCAAUGAAGUGCCGAAGCGCAAGAAAGUCCCUAGAAUCAAGGUUGGCCUUCGAAGUUCUCAGCUACCCAUAGCUCCAGCUGGGGUAGGAACCUUUAACAACAUGCAAGGUAAAACGGCCAAAGAUGAGAAAUCAGUGCCAAUGGGCCAUACUAUUGACCUGAAACUGCUGGAUGGCAAUGAUGACAAGUGGUUGCACUACUACAUGAUUCUUGGAAGGGCCACGUCCCUCGCAACAACCUUGCUGUUAAAUUUUCCGGAGGAUGCAAAUGGGGAACCAGAUUGGACCAUUUUUGAAAAUGGCCCUCCCGAGUAUUUGAUCCAUGUCUUUGCUGAAUUGGAGAAACGAUACGAAAAGACCCAAAAGCUUGUGACGCUGCGCCAAGCAGAUCUGAAAAUCUUUCCUUCUUUCGCUUGCCUGCCAGCUCGGCAUAAAGGUCUGGGAAACGAAUAUGUGUACAACACUGCUGAGUGGGAUGCUGCCGUGGCGCAGCGGUCGCAGAAGAGAAAACCGGACAGCAGCCACCGGAACUUAGCGGAACGUUUAGAGAGACGGGCAGAGGAGCCGCCGAGAAGAAAACGGAAAUAG